GGUGUUGAGACGGGGUGGAAGAUGAUGCGUUUUCUGAGGGCCAGUGAACGCAACGCCCGAUUUGACAGCCCGACAGCAAACAUGGCGCCCGCUCGAGCGGCCCGUCACCACGUCCUCUCCUCUCGGGCUGGCAGGUUGACGAUUAAUCGGAAGUGACUGUGAGCAGAAGUGUUGGCCUUUGUCCACCUUCCGCAGUUUUGAUCUCCCUGCUUCUCGCCGGUGACGAGGCGCUUCGCCGGAGAGGAGUGAACGGCAUCGGGCCGCGCACGAACACUUUCGGCUCGGUUUCGUCACUUCAUGCGAAAUGUUGGAACAGGUAAACUCCCUCUAUCAACCAGCCUCUCCCUCUCAAUAGUCCUCAUUCCCACGUGCUGCUGAUGUCAUCACCACCAGUGAAGCCAUGUCCCGAGUCUGGACUCUCAAAGACACUGGAUUCUCUGUCCAUGUCUUCACUUUUAUCUGGGGAGUUAGACGAGGACGGAGUCGAAGGAGGAGGAGGAGGAGGAGGAGGCCAGGACGAGGAUGGUUUUCGAGACCUGGAAGUGAACCCAUACGAUAGUCUGCCGUUUUCUUCUCGCUACUACACGCUACUGGAAGAGAGGCAACAGCUUCCCAUAUGGAGACACAGGCAGAAUCUACUAGAGCACCUGGAGAGUCACAGUAUGGUGCUGCUCAGUGCACCCAGUGGAGUAGGGAAAAGCACCCAGGUGCCACAGUGGUGUGUGGCGUAUGCUUUGUCCUAUGAAUUUUCUCAGGGCCUGGUGUGUUGUUCCCAGCCUUAUUCAGCGGCAGCCGUCAGUCUGGCCCUUCGUGUGGCCGAUGAGAUGGACCUCAGCUUGGGUCUGGAGGUGGGCUACGGGGUGGCUCAUGACGACAGCUGUACACCCGAGACUUUGCUCAGGUUUGUCAGUGACACUCUCCUGCUUGAGGAAAUGAUGUCAGACCCCUUGCUGCAUAAAUAUGGAAUCGUGGUUGUGGACGAGCUCCAGGAGCGCACUGUAGCAACGGAUGUGCUGCUCGGCCUGCUGUGUGACGUCUGCCGCCAGAGGCCAGAUAACUUCCGUGUGGUUCUUCUGACUCACGCAAGUCUCGCUCCUCGGCUCGCCUCCUUCUUGGGCCCCUCUGUCCCUCACCUCUACAUGGACGGCCUCUUCUCUGAGGCGCCUACAGAUGGACAAGAAAAGGAAAGCGCGGUAGAAGAGGAGAGGAACUCUAAAAACCUGAAAAGAAUGGAGACUCUGUACCAGGAGCUUUUACCUGGGAAGGAGCCUGUGGUUACUGCCUGUCACAUGGUUCUCGAUCUUCACCGAAGAGGAGAAGAGGGAGAUAUCAUGGUGUUUCUUGCUAGUGCACAGGAAAUCGAGGAGUGUGCUACACGGCUCGAGGUAGAGCGUGUAGCCCUCAGUGCUCAACUUGGCUCACUCAAGAUCCUGCCCCUCCACACUGGACUGGGUGGGCUGACUCAACGAGUGUACAACACUGAGGUGUCUCCUCACAGGGAGAACGAUGGGUCAGAGGGAAAGGACGCCGGAGAUCCAGGGAUCCAGAGGAAAGUGAUCCUCACUCACUGCCUGGCAGAGGCUUCUUUCUCCCUACCGGCCAUUCGCUAUGUCAUAGACACAGGCCUACAACUUAAAACUGUUUACAAUCCUCAGAUAAGAGCAAACUCACAGAUCCUGAAGACAAUCAGCAAAACACAGGCGGACAUGCGAGCUCAAAGAGUGAAUAGCAAACUUCCUGGGCUGUGCUUCCGUCUGUAUCCGCAGUCCCUGUAUGAUGAUGGUAUGGGGGAAGCUCAUUGUCCUGGGGUGUUGGAGGAAAACCUCAGCCACUUAGUCUUGUUACUCAAGAGACUGGACAUUGCCGACAUGGGUCGAUGCAAAUUCCUCGACAGACCAGCCCCAGAGGCUUUAAUGCAAGCCUUGGAGGAUUUGGACUACCUUGCAGCGCUGGAUGAUGACGGUAACCUGUCAGAAGUGGGCAUCAUCAUGUCAGAACUGCCGCUGGAGCCACAUUUGGCGAAAGCCCUGAUCGCAGCCUGCGAGUAUGACUGUGUUGAUGAACUGCUCACAGUAGCUGCCAUGUUGACGGCUCCUUCCUGCUUCCUGAGGCCAGAACCUAUCAGAGAGGAGACUGCUGUUGCUCACUGGCGCCCUCUAAUGCACAAUGAAGGCGAUCACAUGUCUCUCAUUAACAUUUACAAUGCCUACAUGGAACAUAAUCAGGAUGAGGCAUGGUGCAUGACACACUUUCUGAACCACGCGGCCUUGCGUCUGGCUGUGGUGAUCCGGGCCGAGCUGCUGGACGUCAUGCGGCGAAUUGAACUUCCAGUGUCACACCCUGCUUUUGGAUGCCAAGACAAUUGCACGGAUAUCAAGAGGGCUCUCAUCUCGGGCCUCUUCCUUAAAGUGGCUCAUGAUGUGGAUGGUUCUGGUAACUACCUCCUGCUAACUCACCGCCACGUGGCUCACCUCCACCCCUUCUCUUCCUACCUGUGUCGUCAGCCCUGCCCCGCACCCCCUACCUGGGUUCUCUACCACGACUUCACCAUCUCCAGUGACAACUGCAUACGCAUCAUAUCCGAGGUUCACCCCCAGAUGCUCGUGGAGCUGACGCCGCAAUACUUCCUGGGAAACCUGCCCUCCAGUGAUGGCAAGGAGCUGCUGAUCAAGCUGAGGCAGAAUACGGAGCUUUACGCUUCCGAACAAGACCGAGUAACAGACGCCCGCGGAGACGCAGACACUGUUGGAACGGAAGAGACUCACAAUCGGUCUGGCACGGAGCUCUGUGUUGUCCAAUGAACAUACUGUCGUGAUUUGUCUUACUUUGUAUCAUUCGCCGGGACUGGAAAACACUAAUAUAUUUGAAUUAUGGGUAAGUUCGGUAACUUUCUGGAAGUUCUGUGUCGUUCUCCUUAUUGCGGUGUACUGUACUGUUCGCUUCUAGAAUUCUGUCAAUUUAAGAAUAAUUUCACUGGUAUUUCCAUGAUGGGAGCUUUUGGGCACGUUGAAAGAUAUUUUAGAGGGCAGGUGCUCGAGCCCAAAGAAAGAGCACCCACGGUAUUGGUUGUCGUCGGGGGAGCGCCAGUGACAGAUUUUUCCCUCAGCUUGGGGGUGGGGCUGGUAGUGACAGAGUUUCCUGUCGGAUCGGGGAAAAUCGUUUUUUGUCCCGAUGAUGCACCUUUGCAAAAUUCUCUUGACAAACUAUCAACUUUUUGGAUACUUUUCUACAGUCUUGGGGAUCCUACUUGGUCCUUAUGCCUGCCACUUUCUGGAACAAAUGAAAACCCUCUGUUUAAAGUGGACUCCUCUCUAAUUUGAUGAAUUUGUACGUACCGUUUCGCCAAAUACGAAUUUGUUUGAAACAUUUCAACUGUGUAAUUUUCUGCAGAACAUAAAUGGGCUAUUUUAUCACAUUUCAAAAAAGAAUACACAUUGACACGAAUUUUUUUCAACUGUAGUUUUGAGCAGCUGUUUGGAAAGGCGAGGCAUGUCUCCCCUUGAGAGGCGUAAGCCCUUGGGGAAGCGCAACAUCAUUUUAGCUGUGUUAACCUCCUUUUACUUUCAGCUUACAAUGGGAGCUGUUGUGGUUUUCCUGAUGUACGUAAACAUUCGAAUUUACAUGGACAUGAAUGUGGCUGUAUGAUCACUGAGAAGAAUGUGUAUAUUUGAUCGCUCACUGAGACGUGGCGACGGGUAAUCGAUUUUUCUCGAUUAAAUGAAGCUUCUCGGC